AUACUGAAACAAAAGGCAAAUAACUCCAAUAAGUCCUUCUCUGCAUGUCAAACAGACACCAAAAAGAAGCAGCCACCCAAAGCAGCCAAAAGUCCACAAGUUCCAGCAAUGAAUGGGAAUGGGAAUGUGGUAAAGGCCAACUCCAUAAAUAAGACAGACAAUGGUUCUGCUAAGGACAGUCCUCCUUUGGCUAAGCUAAAAUCCAAGGGGGUUGCAGUGAAUAAGGAUUUAAAUGGCACUAAAAGCAAUGGAAAAGGCUGCAAAGAGGAAAAUAAACUUGGCAGUGGUGUAAAGGAGAAAAAUAAACUUAACAGUGAUGUCAAACACAAGAGGAGGAAAGCUGAGGAACCCGUGGAGCAGCAGCCCAAAGAGGCUGACAUCUGGUUUGAUGAUGUUGAUCCAAAAGAUAUUGAAGCAGCACUAGGUCCUGAAGCAGCGAAAAUUGCCAGAAGAAACCUGGGACUGGAAACAGAUCAAUCCAAAGGGUCUGUGGAGCAAGUGCUGGUUAAAGAAAAUGCUUCUGAUGGGGUGACAAGAGCUGUGGCCAUGGACUGUGAGAUGGUGGGAGUGGGUCCCAAGGGGGAGGACAGCAUUGUGGCUCGAGUGUCCAUUGUGAACCAGUUUGGCAAGUGCAUUUAUGACAAGUUUGUGAAGCCUACAGAGGAGGUGACUGACUACAGGACAGCUGUGAGUGGCAUUCGCCCUGAGAAUAUCAGAACAGGUGAAGAUUUUAAGAAGGUUCAGAAGGAGGUUGCUGAUAUCCUGAAGGGAAGGAUUUUAGUUGGACAUGCUCUGAAGAAUGAUCUAAAGGUCCUAUUUCUGGAUCAUCCUCGGAAGCAGAUAAGGGACACACAGAGAUACAAACCUUUCAAAGAGAGAGUCAAGAGUUCAAGGCCAUCCCUGAAGCUGCUCUGUCAGAGGCUGCUCAAUGUUCAAGUGCAGACAUCAGAGCACUGCUCGGUUCAGGAUGCACAAGCAGCUAUGAGACUGUACACCUUAGAGAAGAAGAAGUGGGAAGCUGCUAUUAAGAACAAAGCUAACAACAAAAAAUGUAAAGCCUGA